AUGGAUGCAGUAACCAUUCGUUCCAAAAUUUUCCAAGUAUUAAUAGGACCUCAACUAGCCGCAAUGCUAUAUGCAUCUUUAGAAUUGGAACUCCCUGACUCAUUCCUCCAAAAAGAGCAAAAUGCAUAAUGAGAAUUAAAUGAGCAAGAAAUUUCCAUAUAUGAAAAGAAAUUUAUAAUUUUAAUAAAUAUUUAAUUAAAAAUUCCGCUAAUUUAGUUAAUUUGUAAGACCUUUCAAUUUUUAUAAUUAUAUGAGAUAAAUUAUAAUUAUUUAAAUUUUAAAUAUAAAGGAAAUUUAUUAAAAAAUUCUUUUGUGAUUUUAAAGAAGGAGUGAACUACUUUUAACGCCAAAAUCAAUAGAAUUUUUAUCGGAAAAGACUCAAACCCUAUCAGAAAAAUUAGAACGCAUUCUUUUUGCACUUGAAUCGUUCGGAUUCUUCUCUUAUAACUCUGUUAGUAAAGAAUGGUCAAACUCCCAGUUAUCAUCAGCACUUUUAGACGAGUCCUUGAAUUCAAUUGCAAAAUAUUGUAUAAUGCCCUAUAAGUAUGAGGUCCUUUGCAAUUUUUCAGAAUCUUUAAAGCAGGAAAAAUCAGCCCAUGAAAUUCGUUUUGGAUGUAGCUAUAUUGAAGGUUUAAAAAGAAAUCAAGAUGCCUUUGAAAUUUAUCAAAAAGCAAUGGCUGGGUGGACAAAUUAUGACGGGAAAGAUAAAAUUGAUAUUGAUUUAAACGAUUCUUCCAGAGUACUUGAUGUUGGUGGAGGUGACGGAACGCUUUUAAUCGAUUUAGCAAAUGCUCAUCCCCAUAUUACUGGUACCGUUUUUGAUAUCCCUGAAAGCCAGCCAUUGAUUGAUGCAAAUAUUGAAAAAUAUGAAUUAUCAGAAAGACUGGAUUCUAUUGGUGGAAAUUUUUUUGAAUCCCUUCCUGAGGAAUAUGACUGCAUUUUAAUCAAAAAUACUCUAAUCGAUUGGAGUGACAGGGACUGUAAACGAAUAUUAAAUAUGGCUUAUGCAUUAUAAUAGAUUGCUAUGGCCAAGCAGCAUAACGAUUAGCAAGAAAUGACCCAGAACACUUUCUUUAUAUAGCCUAGAUCUAAUUAGACAUCUUAAAACAAAAAAAUAGAUUUAUAAUUAUCAUUUAAAUUUUUAAAAAACCUGAGAAGUGCAAAUUUACUUUAAAUGGGUGGUCAAUAAUGGACUAUUAAAAUAGAGGAGGUAUAACUGUAGGAAAGCUUUAGAAGAAGGAGAUCAACUCAAAUGAAUAGACUGUGUCAUAGACAGGCAAGACCAAACUGAUUUAUGGGGAGUAUAAUUUAAAAUGUGGCGUCUCAGCCAGGGCAUGACCUCCCGGCCAUGCAGCUUCAAGUAUAUCCAGCAAGGUUUUGCUAUUCUGUAAAUGGGCACAAUGCUAGGUAACAAUACUGUAGGAGGCAGAGCCUAGCCCAAGUUCAAAUUCUGGCAUUGAUUUUACCUCAUGGGGAAGGAAGGUAUGGGAGUUGGAAAGGGGAAGCCCAGGAAAGUGUUUUAUGCCUAUCGGGCAACUCCCUAGCGUGAAGCUGGGCGUUACGUCCCAGGUCACGUGCUUUUCCUUUUGCCGAUAGUGGCCAGAAAAUCCAUUUUUUUGGAUUUUCUGUGCAGGCAGCUCACUUCGCGAAGGCAGUAGCUCAUACAUGAGCCGUUGAAGCAGAUAGCAUCGCUUCAAGCGUAUCCUGGUGAUCAAAGCAAGUGCCCCCCAGAGACUUAUAGGCCCGAUGCGUAGAAGAGUGGGUGGAAGGUCUGGGCUUGCCAACCCGUAGUGGACGUUUUGCAUUUAUAAAUCUUGAGUAAGACUUAUGGGGAGUAAAUUCUUGACAUGAAUAUGAUGGCCUCCGGCAAUGGAAGGGUCCGAACUAAGGAGCAAAUGGAAAAGCUAUUACAUGAGUCUGGCUUCAGAUUCGACAGCAUUUCUCCCUCCACAAAAAAACGAAAUGCAUCUGUUACCUCAUUAGCACCAUCUGCUAAACAUUGUGUUAUUAAUGCGAUAGCAAUUUAA